AUGGCCGACACGUUCAUUGCCAACAUAAAGAUGGAGAAGAAAGGACAAAUUCUUGGCCCAUCUGUGGCAACGCUAGAUGAAGCCAUGUUAGCUACAGGUUUUGGUAUCUACAAUAUCCUGCAUAUGCUUCUCAGUGGCCUAAUACUAAUGGGGGUGAUCAUGCAAAGCUUAGCCCUGGGCUACGUUCUUCCAGCUGCACAGUGUGACUUGGAGCUGACGCUGCAACAGCGCGGUUGGCUUGCUGCUAUACCUUUCGCUGCCAUAAUCCUGACGUCAUACUUCUGGGGCUGGUUGGCUGAUACGCGCGGAAGACGCUUCGUCAUGCUGUUCUCUAUGCUGAUUUCAGCUGUCUUCGCGGUCCUUGCGAGCUUCUCACCAGAAAUCAUCUCUUUUGCUAUCCUGUCCUUUACAUCCGCUGUGUUCAUGGCUGGUCCAUCAUCAGUGGUGUACACAUAUCUAGGAGAGUUUACAAAUAUACGUCAUAGAGAUAAAAUGGUGGCGUUUGGAUCUUCUUUCGUUGGCAUAGGAACUGUGGCUUUGCCAGCUGUCUCUUGGCUCAUCUUGCCUGUAGAUAUCUCUCUGCCUAUCGACUUCCUGAGUAUAACUUACCGGUCGUGGCGUCUUUUGGUGAUUGCUGCUAAUCUACCCCUGGCCAUUGGAUUCGUGCUGCUUCUUUUUGCGCCUGAGAGUCCAAAGUUCUUGAACGCCUGUGGACAGCAAGAGGCCUGUUUGGGUGUGCUCAGAAAAAUGUACGCAGUGAACAAACGUUUACCAGAAGAUACAUAUCCGAUUAAAUCUCUAAUGGAAGAAUCUCAAUCCGUCAAGGCACUGGAAAACAAUGGCAUCAUGGCUAUUUUAAAGUCAAUGAAAGACCAGACUCUUCCACUCUUCCAGCCUCCGCUGCUGAAGUGGACUUUAUUUAUCUGUUUCAUUCAGUUUGGACUAUUUGGCACCACAAACGGUUUCUACGUAUGGUUCCCCACUAUCCUUAAUUCGGUCGCGAAUCAUGACGGAGGAUCAGCUGGGAUCUGCGCCAUUUUAGAUGCACAUCAAAAGACUCCAGGCAACGGGACUGAGGUGGAAUGUGAUGAUACAAUGAACACCACCACUUUCGAGCUCUCCAUCUACAUUGGCCUGGUCUUCAGCUCCAUGUAUAUAAUCGUGGGUUUCCUCGUGGACUUCAUGGGCAAGAAACUUAUCCUUCUCAUCGUCCUAUCCAGCACAGGAUUGUGUGGAAUCGCUGCUCAUUUAGUCCAGAACCAACACAUCGCCGUGGUCCUGUUCGCGAUAUUCCAGAUGUGUGGUGCAUGUAUUGGGUUAACUAAUGCUGUUACCGUCGAGCUGUUUCCCACUAAAUACAGAGCAAUGGCCAUAUGUCUAUCUAUGAUGUUCGGGCGAGUUGGCUCCAUGUCUGGGUCGAACCUCAUCGGGAUGUUCCUAUCAACCAAUUGUGGACUAAGCUUCUACAUCUUUGGAGGGCUUAUUUUAACCUGCGCUCUAUUAUGUUUCACGCUACCGGGCAAGAACGACGGUCCGUCCAAAAAGAUAAAAAGUGAUCCCAUCCGGAACCAAACCCACGAACCCGCCUGA